AUGGCACAUCGCGAUAAAGUCGAUCAGGAAAUACAUAGAAUGAUAAAUGUGGGAAUAAAUGUGGGAAUUAUACAACGUUCCAAGAGUCCCUACAUUAAUCCUAUUGUCCCAGUAAUAAAAAAAGAUGGGUCAGUCCGUUUGUGCCUAGACGCGAGGAAAUUAAAUGACAUUCUGAUCGAAGAUUGGGAGUGUCCAGAGUCGGCGGAAGUAUUAUUCCAGAAAUGUAAAGGAAUGAACAUCAUGACGAAUCUGGACAUGACAAGCAGCGCUAGUACGAGGACUCGAGCACGCACUUCUUGGAAUGGGCGAGCACAUUAUUACUUUCGUGAACGACACUUUAAUAACAUCGGAAACGAUCAACACGCAGCUGAAGCCGUACCGCUUCUGAAACUAAUAAAAAAGGGAGCGAGAUGGGAUUGGAACAAAGAAGCAGAGAAGAGUUUCGAAAGAGUAAAGAAAUUAUUCAGCGAAUCGAUCAUGCUGUAUUUGCCAGACUCGACGAAAGGUUACUAUUUUGAGUCUGAUGCAAGCGACUACGCUCUCGGGGCAGUAUAA